AUGGAGACGUCCAGUCGAAGGAAGCGUGAAACGAGCGAUACUAAAGAGAAACGGAAAGGAAGGAGAUGGAAGGGGUUGGUCCCGCCUGAUGGCGCCCCUGGGCCGAAGGAGAGCCCCAAAGAUAAGGGCCGCCGCCGCGAUUGCCGUCGUCGCGGCGAGAAAUCCGACCGCGACGAAGACCGCGACUGCGACGACGAACCCGACCGCGACGAAGAUCGCGACUGCGACCGCUCCUUCCCCGUCUGGAUCACCCUCGCGGCCAUCAGCGGCGUCUGCGCCGGCGUGGGCGUCUUCACCUACUGCUGCUGCUGCUGCUGGAAGGCGGCGAGGGGGAAGUUGCCCGGGAAUCUGACGGAACCGAAAGAAGACGCGGGAUCGACAGAUGCAAGCCUCUACACCAUCUCGACCAUGAGGACCGAGGAGGAGGAGCCGAGCGAUCCGCCGCCGCCGUAUGCGUUCGAUCCGCCGCCGCCGCCGUAUCCGAUUGUCUGAGUGGUGGAUGCGAUGCUGCGGGUUGGUUUUUGUGCGAGGGGAUUCGGUGAAUUUUUUUUUUUUUUGAGG